CCAAGAGAACCAAAGAGCUAAUCUUCAAAGCAGUGAGCUUUAGUGACUUAGUGGGCAGCAGCAGGGGGCCUAAAUUCUCACUGCUUUUUUUCCUCUCUCUCUCUCUUUGUCUCUCUUUCAUAUUUUCUUCACCCAUCAAACUCUCUCUUCAUCUCUUCUUUUCAAUAAAUUCUUUGAUUCUUUAUCUCUUUGUUUUCUUUUUGUUUCUGGGUCCUUUGAUUUAUUUACAUUCAACAAGGAAAAAGCUUUGGUACUGGGACUGGGAGUAGCUUUUUCUCUGUUCUUCACUGGGUUUCACCGAUUCUUUGAUUCAUUUAGUAAAUUCUCAUCUGGGUUUAUUUGAGGUAAAGUAAAGGAGGAAUCUUGGAAGGGUUCAAGCCAUGGAAGCUCCAAAACCAGAAGAAAUAAGUCACCCACCAAUGGACCAGCUUCAGGGGUUAGAGUACUGCAUUGACUCAAAUCCAUCAUGGGGGGAGGCUAUAGCUUUGGGCUUUCAGCAUUACAUUCUGGCCUUAGGGACUGCUGUGAUGAUCCCUUCAUUUCUUGUUCCUCUCAUGGGAGGCUCUGAUCAUGAUAAAGUGAGGGUGGUACAGACUGUACUGUUUGUUGAGGGGAUAAAUACACUUCUACAAACACUGUUUGGGACCCGACUGCCUACCGUGAUUGGGGGGUCCUAUGCAUUCAUGGUUCCCAUUAUAUCAAUAAUUCAUGAUUCUUCACUCACGAGGAUCGAGGAUGCUGAAUUGAGAUUUCAUAAUACCAUGAGAGCCGUCCAAGGUGCAUUAAUAGUAGCUUCAAGCAUACAAAUUAUUUUGGGAUACAGUCAGAUGUGGGCCAUUUGCUCCAGGUUCUUCAGUCCACUUGGAAUGGUUCCAGUUAUUACAUUGGUGGGUUUUGGCCUGUUCGAUAGAGGGUUCCCAGUGCUUGGUCGAUGUGUGGAGAUUGGCAUCCCAAUGCUUGUCCUAUUUGUUGCGUUCUCCCAGUACCUGAAAAGUUUUCGGUUUAGACAACUGCCAAUAUUGGAGCGGUUUGCUCUCCUCAUAUCAAUCACAGUGAUAUGGGCAUAUGCACACCUCUUGACUGCUAGUGGUGCAUACAGACAUCGUCCAGAAUUAACUCAGAUAAAUUGCAGAACUGACAAGGCCAACCUCAUUUCUUCUGCUCCAUGGAUAAAGAUCCCAUAUCCUCUUCAGUGGGGUGCUCCUACCUUUGGUGCUGGUCACGCAUUUGGAAUGAUGGCAGCUGUGUUUGUCUCCUUGAUUGAGUCAACUGCUGCUUACAAGGCUGCCUCGCGUCUAGCUAGUGCCACGCCACCCCCAGCUCAUGUUCUUAGCCGUGGUAUUGGCUGGCAGGGUAUUGGGAUCCUUCUAAAUGGUCUGUUUGGAACAGUGAGUGGCUCCUCAGUCUCUGUUGAAAAUGUAGGGCUUCUUGGAAGCACUCGUGUUGGAAGUCGCAGGGUCAUUCAAAUCUCAGCUGGAUUUAUGAUAUUCUUCUCGAUGUUAGGAAAAUUUGGAGCUUUAUUUGCAUCAAUACCCUUCACAAUAUUUGCUGCUGUAUAUUGUGUUUUGUUUGGUAUUGUUGCUUCUGUGGGGCUCUCAUUUUUGCAAUUCACGAACAUGAACUCAAUGAGGAACCUCUUCAUCACGGGUGUAUCCCUUUUCUUAGGUUUGUCUGUUCCAGAGUAUUUCAGGGAAUACACUGCCAAGGCUCUUCAUGGUCCUGCUCAUACCAAGUCUGUAUGGUUCAAUGAUUCCCUCAAUACCAUCUUCUUCUCAUCACCAACUGUUGCAUUAAUUGUGGCUGUAUUCUUAGACAACACACUUGACUACAAGAAGAAGGACAGUGCCAAAGAUAGAGGAAUGCCAUGGUGGGCCAAGUUCCGAACAUUUAACGGAGACAGCCGGAAUGAAGAGUUUUACACCCUCCCCUUCAACCUCAACCGCUUCUUCCCGCCCUCUUGAAGUGAAACCGUUUACUGGAGAGAUAUGAAAGCAAUGUCAUCGAUGAGAACAGAACAUAUAGAAUAAUGCAUCUGAGUUCCUUAUGUGUUUUGCGGAGCACAGAAAUUGGCAACUUCAUUUUCUCCUCUCCCUAUCUCGUGGGUCAUGUGUAUAAUUU